AUGAGAUACGAGUUGGCAGCAGACCUCGAGCGUGCAGAGAUGGCGUUCUUUACCGUUACUACCUAUCACAGCAACCACGUCCCUGAUGAAUGCACCUCUAGUGAACGUAUCCACCUCCAGUGGAUUCGCGUGGACCUCUUUACCAGAAGGAACGAAGUGACUCUUGCCAAACGCUAA